AUGGUUUGGAAUGAUGCCUGUGUCAAACUUACACAAAGCAAAUCCUCUAACAGCGAGGAACAACUGGUGAUGUUGAUACCAGAGUCCUGUGCCGAUCUCGCCAGCUGUUCUGUAACAAGUACUGAUGGAGAAUACUGGAUAUAUCCGAAAGCGACGAGUGGACAGAGAGUUAAAAUCUAUUGUCACAACAUUAGAACGAACCCGAAAGAGUACAUCACCCUGAAGUAUACCAAUACAUUUGUUGAACAUGACCCUUCAAAUUUUAUGACACGAUGGCAGACAUGUCGAACUGACUACAAACUUCCAUUAAAGUCGGCAAUUUUUUCCAGAGUUGCCAUGAACAUUCAGGACAUGACGGUAAUUGGGUCUGACUACACGUUUGCUGUGCGUACAGGAAACUUCAAGCUUGAGUUUGGAGAAGCGCAGGAUUGCAAUGGAUAUAGUUCAAUGUCAGGCUGUCAUCGCUUUGGCAAUGCCGUGAUCAAUACGCUUGGAACAGGAUUGAUUCUGGAUCGAAAUGCUAAAUGGGGAUUAAUCAACGCUCAUAAGGCGGGGAUACAGAACUUCGAACGUUCGGAAGAUGGCGCUGAAAUAUCAAUCACCUGUGCCGGCUACUGUGGACAUUGUGGACCCUUAUCCAAGCCAUUAAGAUUGAUAUUGUCAUCUGAAUUUGUAUCGGAUAAAGAGGCGAGAGCAGAGGUUUGUAGAAUGUGAAGACAAUAAUAGAAGAUGGUGGAUGUUGUUCAAAUGAAUACUAGCAGUCACAAUAUCCAGUUUAUCUCAUGCUGAAAAUGAACUAUUUACAUCGUGUGGAAUCUGUACGGAAUUCAUGAAAUGAGAAUUUAAGCGAUAUGUACAUUAUUCAUAUUGCUAGUGACGGAUGCUUCAAACAUAAAACAACCGAAGAGAGAGAGAGAGAGAGAGAGAGAGAGAGAGAGAGAGAGAGAGAGAUGUGCAGUAAUGAAAGUGAAGAACUGUGUACGAUAAAGACUAUAUUUGCCUAUCAAAAUCAACAUUUAAUCUUUUAUUUUAAAAUUAAAUGUAUUUUGUGCAUGAGUCCCA